AUGAGUAAGAAGGCAUUCAAAUCGCAGGCUUCCAGCAGCCGGGUUGUCUCUGGAGCCUUUGGAGGAGAUGGCGCAGUCUUUGGUAACAGUGCAGGCACUUCAGUCUUUGGAGCCGUCCCAUCGUCACCAUUGUCAUACGUCUACGAGCCACCAGACUUGAGUGGAUUUUCGGACCCAAACGUCGGAGUCGCCUUCAAAAAUCUCCAGAAGAAAGAUGGGACGACGAAAGCCAAGGCGCUGGAGGACUUACAAGCCUAUGUCGCAUCGCUUGGAGCGAAGCCGGGUGGAGUGGAGGAAGCUGUGCUAAUGGCAUGGGCUAAGAUAUAUCCUCGCUCAUCUAUCGAUUCCUCUCGUCGCGUACGCCAGCUUGCUCAUACUUUGCAAGGGCAAUUGGCAAUCUCCUGCGGCAAACGAAUGGCGAGACAUAUGCCUAAAGUCGCUUCUUCAUGGGCAGCAGGUCAAUUUGACAAUGAUAAAUCCGUCAGCCGAGCUGCAAACGAAUCUUUCAAACAAGUGUUCAGCUCGGAAGAAAAGAUGAAAAAUGUGUGGCGACUGUAUCAGGUCUCGAUACUAGAGUACGCAAGGGACGUAGUCGUGAAGGAGACUGCGAAUACGUUGAGCGACGAGCGGACGACUAGCCCUGAUGAUUCUUCUGCCAAAUACUCGAGAGUAGUUGGUGCAUCUUUAAUGAUGGUGACGAAUCUUAUGGAGAGCAUUUCCGAAGCUGACAUUGAAAAAGGUCGAGCCCUUCUCAAUGAGUUUUUGAAUGAAGAUAAACUUUGGCAAUUCGCAUGUCACGGUGAUGCGUUUGUUCGUCGUGCCUUGUAUCGGUUGCUGGGUACGGUUUUGGUAAGGUACAAGGACAUCCUGAACCCGUCGACCAUCUCUGCUAGUGUGCUCGUGUCAGGUCUCAAUACUACUCAGUCUGGUUCAGCGUUUGACUAUGCCAAAGUCCUUGCACUACUUUCUGUUGAAAUACCAGAUGUCUGGACGACAUACUACCCGGGUUCAGGAAAGAAGUCAGCAGCAAAUCGCUUAUGCCAUUUUCUCAGGAAAGGUUCACAAGGGGGACCUCCUGGUUUCUGGUCUCAAAUUGCAGCGUUGCUUUUGAAUCUCCCACUAUCGAUACUCUUAAGAUCUGCGGAUCCGGAGUCUAACCCAAAGGUUGUUGGCGAGAAGGACUCACCCACGCCGAUUCUGAACGCUUUGCACGAAGGUCUCAAUAGCAAAGACGAAUCGCGUGCGAACAGAUUCGCUGCUUGGAAUGCAUAUCUGACUGCUUCUGACGUUGCUCUCUCUUCCUUUUCCGAUGCAGCCACUCGGCGCCGGAUCGUAACAUCCUCGGUCCUGCCUAUACCGGCUCAAUAUGUCAGACCAUCAUCUGACGAUUCUCGAUGGGCAGUCACAGGUGCACUAGGGCAAGAAGUGUGCGUCCGAGCCUGCAAUCAGGCCAUAUUGCGAGACGCAGGUUCUUUUGAAGAAGAAUGGAAUGCGUUGUCCAGUAACAUCGUUGAGGAUUUCAAAACCUCUCUUCCAGAGCAGGCUAAAGAUUAUGUAAAGUCUCAAGAUUCGGUCUCCGCUGAGGUAGACAGGUGGUAUUCUCUGCAAGCCGCUUUAUUAAAGGGAAAGGGGCAAGACAUCACGGGUAUAAUUUUUAAACAGACAGUAGCAUCAGAGAUCAUUUCCGCCGUUUCUGUCCUGCAAGCGAGGAAUGGAAAGCCAUACGGAGCGGCAGCCGCUUUGGAAAAAUUGAUACAGAAACUCCCCGAGAUCGUGCUCAGCGAUGAGGGGUGCAAGGCUGAGAUUGUCACAUUCGUAAACGACACCCUUCCAAAUCUACUCCUUUCACCCUCUGCCAAGUACCUUGUCAGGAUUUUGAACCAUUUAGAUGGUUCUUGUGAUCUCAGUCGAAGCUAUGAUAAGUGUAUGCAGAUGCUAGCUGAAGCACCUGAAUCGGCAUCAAAGUCAAUCGCUCUAGAGAGCUUUAUCUCAAGCCCACGUCUUGCUACCAUCGAAUCCCUGUUCGGGAUGGUAAUUGCUAAUUUAAGUCAAGCAAUUAGAGACGAUAAUUCAAUGAGUUGGAAUAUCGUAAUGGCUGCGAUAAGCAAUCCAGUCGCUCCCAAAUCACUUACAGACGAGAUUCUCGCAAACAUGACUGAGGGUCUGUUGGUCGGCCCGAAGAGUGUUACGAGUCUUCAUGGCUUGGAGAUGACAAUCCAGCACAUUUCGGGCAAACUGACAGAAUUCGCACGGUCGCCCAAAGGCUCAAACCUCCUUUCCAAACUGCUUCUCCUGGCCGACUCGCCUGAUGACGGGAUUGCCCAGCGUGCUAGGUAUACGAGCUCCACGAUAGAAAAGGCAUUGGCGACUCAAGGCGGCGCCGGUCAAGCCGCGAAGUCCUUGAUCGAGAUUGUCAACAAGGGUCUUGAUACUGCUGAAGCAAGUUCUAUAUCGACCGAUGCCCUUGUUGCUCAAGCACGGAAGGUGCUGGGGAGUGCUCCUUCCAGCGACAUGCCAGCAAUGGUCCAAGAGUUGUUGCCCAACGUCACGCAAUGGAAUGCUGCACUGGCGCCGUUCAUCUCGCGCGUUCCAGAUCCAUCCCUAGCAAUCACGAACGCAUUCGGUGGCUCACUGUCCAUGAUCUCGCCCACUCCAUCCGAUUCAAUCAAGCGAACGCUAUCUCGAGAUGGAGAAGGAAACUCUGCCGCGCUGCGUAUGGCUCAAUACACGACCCAAAUCAUCAAGAGUACGGGCAUUUUUAACAGCGCUACACAUGAGCAAAAGAUCACUGUCUGCAAAUACAUGGCUCUUUUCCUACAAUUUGCGAGCGAUAACAUCAGCGUACCCGGGUCAAUGCCCCUUUGGGAGUCCGUCGACAUAGACACUGAGCCCGAGAUAGUCGACUUCGUCGCUGAAGCUCAGAGCUUGUUUGGAGGCUGGUUGCACAGCAAGGAUUCGUCGACGUCAGAACUCAUUGCCGAAGUGCAAAAGCAGCUCCUUCAUGACUCUUGCGGCUUUAUGACUUCGUCUUAUUACAGCGGCAGAGCAUAUUCUGCUCUGACUGCAGAAGUCGCUGAGUUGCAUAGUCUCUCGGCACACACCAAUGAUGCUGAUUUGCUGAAAGGGUUUCGGAGAUCGAAUGAUGCCUUCGUUGCAGCUGCGUAUUUGACAUCUGCUUCGGAAUCGGAAGAGCUUUUCAGACUCUGCAAUUACCUUCUGACUGAUUUGACAGAGUACGAUUUUCGUAAGAACCUAGCAGAAGGAAUGCGCAAAUUGUGCUUAGUUGGUUGCAUUCUCUCGAGAGCGCAAGACUAUGUCAACGACAUACCACAACAACGUUUGGUCUUCUUUGUCCAACACUUGAUUGGACAGCUCGAGACUAGCGUCUCAUCGUUCACUGUUGCUGGAGGGCAAAUAAUGGUUGUUCUGUCGUUCAUUCUUCCCGCGGUGAAGGAAAUAUAUGGCCCUUUUUGGUCAGUAAUUCUUGACGAGAUACAAAAGGCUGGCAUGGAAGCCGAUCUUUACGCGCUUCACGCAAGCCUGAGACUUCUGAAUUUAUUACGACGACCGUAUAUGCUCGAGUCAAAUGAUGACUUACUUGACGCUUGGAGCGAGAAAAAGACGGCCAUCGCACGAUGCUUAGUGGAUUUAUUGUGGCAGCUCCAAGGUUACCCAGAUGACUCACAUCAACCACGACGAAUAGUCAACGAAUUACUGAAAAGACUGCUGGUCGAUUUGGCUCAAGACGUGAAAGUCGAGGUACAGGACCUUUGUCCUGUGAUCGCUUCAGAGUCUGCAGCCCUUCAAGAGGCUGCAUACGAGCUUUUGCAUUCGAAAAUACCUGCGAACCAGGAGCAAGUAUCCGUGGACAAAGCCUUGUCGAAUGAUUUUGUCGCAAAAUUACCAGAGGAGGUUGUGUCCUUGAUCCUUGCACCGCCAUCAAUAGCGUCCAUGGCCAAGCACAAUUUCGAACGAAACAUACCACCGUCGCUACGCAGCUACAUUCUCAGCUGGCAGAUUACCUUCGACCACUGGGAAAAGGCAAGCUACAAAGUACAAGCGGACUAUGUUGCCGCACUCAAGGAAGGCACAUACACGCAAGACUUGUUGGGCUUUAUCUUUAACGUUCUCGUAAAUGGGAGGCAAAAGCCUGUUGAUGCCUCUAGAUAUGACUUUCAAACCUCCGGUCUGGGAGCCGACCAGACCCCAGAACAAGAGACCCACGGGGCCCUUAUCCACCUCUACUAUCUCUGUUUGCGGAGGCUACCCUCAAUAACCAAAGACUGGUGGCGGGAUAGUACCUCCCGCCAGCUCAGUAUAGCCGUCGAGUCCUGGACGCAAAAAUACAUCUCCCCCCUCGUCAUUGCCCAAGAACUCUCAGUCAUCAGCGACUGGGCCCCCUCACAAUCCACAGCCGACCAACCAAUGACUGUCAAAGUCUCUCCCUCCGCUCGCGAAAUUACCGCCUCAAUCCCCAUUGACGAACAAACCAUGACCAUUGCCAUCCGCCUUCCCCCGGCCUACCCGCUCGCCCGCGCAGAAGUUGAGUCAGUCCAUCGCGUCGGUGUCGCGGAGAAGAAAUGGCGCUUCUGGAUCAUCAAUGCCCAAGGUGUUAUCAACUUCUCUUCUGGCGGCGCUGGCGAGGGGAAUUCGAUCAUCGACGGCUUGAUGGCGUGGAAAAAGAAUGUGACGGCUGCUAUGAAGGGGCAGACGGAGUGUGCCAUUUGCUAUAGUGUUGUUAGUGCGGAUCGGCAGUUGCCGAGUAAAAAGUGCUCGACAUGCAAGAACACAUUCCAUAGCAGCUGUCUGUUCAGGUGGUUCAAGAGCAGCAAUUCGAGCAGCUGUCCGUUGUGUAGGAAUAACUUCAAUUAUAGCUAG